AUAUCAAAAAACUCAUUCAUCUUCUGAAAAUUUGUAUUUUACGUAUAAUCCAAAAUACAAAAUAAUUUUUCCAAUCACUAAAUGACCUUCUAAUUGAGUUCUUAGGGUUGGGGAGGGUUGGGUCCACGGAGAGAAUCAGAGAACACUUGAGGAGGGCAGGAAGUAAAUACUGUUCGAAAUUUGGGAAAACGGGCCAUUAGACCAUGGAAUGGACCUACAAGAAAGCCCACUGCAGAAAAACCGCACCGGAGACACAGACACUUGGAAGUCUCAAGGCGGUAGGUACACUUCCAACUCGGAAGCAACCGCUGGGAACAAUCCCCAGGUUCAUGCCGCCAUUGCAAAUCCUGUGUCUACCUCAGUACAGUGUAGGACAACUGUUUUUGUCUCAGCAGGGACAACUGUUUGUUUCUUUGAAAUUCAGUUACUGUGAAUUUUCCCUGACUGUGUUCCUUUGGUUAACUCCAAUGGCCGUGAGCGUGAGGAAACCUGGUUUGAUUGCAUUGUUUGAUGUGGAUGGCACUCUUACGGCUCCCAGAAAGGUGGCUGCUCCUCAGAUGUUGGAAUUCAUGCGUCAACUGCGCAAGGUUGUAACUGUCGGAGUUGUGGGUGGAUCUGACCUUACUAAGAUAUCUGAGCAACUGGGAAAGACAGUUAUCGCUGAUUAUGAUUAUGUAUUUUCUGAAAAUGGUCUUGUGGCACAUCAAGAUGGGAAACUCAUUGGCACACAGAGCUUGAAGUCAUUUCUUGAAGAGGAAAAGCUCAAGAAUUUCGAAGUGGGAUGCUCAAUGAAUGUAUCUCCAAUAGGUCGGAACUGUAGCCAGGAAGAAAGAGAUGAUUUUGAAAAAUAUGACAAAAUUCACAACAUACGACCGAAAAUGGUUUCUGUUCUUCGUGAGAAGUUUGCUCACCUUAACCUUACAUUUUCCAUAGGAGGACAAAUAAGCUUUGAUGUUUUCCCCCAAGGUUGGGACAAAACAUACUGCUUAAGAUACCUAGAUGAUUUUCAAGAGAUUCACUUUUUUGGUGACAAAACUUAUAAGGGAGGAAAUGAUCAUGAAAUCUACGAAUCAGAGAGGACAGUGGGACAUACAGUUACGAGUCCAGAAGAUACAAUGGAGCAAUGCAAAGCUCUCUUUCUGUCAAACCACUAAUGAGCUUAGAGAAAAUUUUCCAUCAUUCGAGUAUCACAUUCAAUUUGUAUUUUGUAGUUUUACACAUCAGAGAACAAGUUCUGAGCAGAUAUUCAUGGCAGAGCCUGUAGUUUUGUAGAACUUGUUGAUGGGUGUAGAGAUCUUAGUUGAGAACUCAUAUAUGGAAGAUUUGCAUUAGGAGUAUUGUGUUAUCCUUCUGACCUAAUGGAAGCAGUAAUUGCAGAAACCACCGCAGAACAAUUUUAGAUAACCAGGUAACAAGCAACCGACUUGAAGAAUCUAGUCUGGUAAAGAAUAAUAAUAAAAAUCUUGAAAAAUA